AUGAUGGGUCGUUGGCAUCUGCUGAUUUUGGGACUAUCGGCUAAUAUUGGGCUAUUGGAAGCGUGCUUUUCCCUGGGCGGCUGUGGUUUCGGUGGUUGUCUCGGACUGCCCGCCAUUUCCAUCGGUUCAUUUCCAUCAUGUGGGCGCUUCUGCCGACGCGCCAAAGGCUCCAAAACCCUCUCCGGCGAAGAAGUCCAUUACCCUGAAGAUGAUAUCCAAGAGGAGCCAGAUGUGAUGUUCCAAAAAUGUUGCGCGGAGGCCAAGCUUCCUAAGGCUUGUAUGGACAAAUGCAGUUUCAGGACUUACACGAAGGAUGCGCUAACCGCAAUGUUCUUCAAAACGGACACGUGCCCAAUUGAGAUGGCGGUUGAUAUUCAUAGAUGCGCCGCUCAACUAAACGAUCAUCGUGAAUGCUGCAAAAAUCAGGGGGUCCAGACGACAUUGGCUGGCGGGAAAUGUCAGCUUUUUUGCGAUCAGCGUCCAUCCCCCAAUGUAACUCACCUCGACAUGACAUUCCUCCCCUGCCUCGAGCGUUUCGACAACAUGAAAGCGUGUUUCUGGCACGAUGCCAACAAACGCCAUCUGGACUAUCUAACAAAGCAAAAAGCUGGCCAGAUUUCUCAGCAGAAUGAGGAGAUGGAGGAAUUCGAGGCCGCACCACCAAGCCAAAAGACUUUGGAGCUGACGGAUUCAGAAGUGGAGGACGACCGCGAUGAAGAUUCGAGUCAUGAAACCCAGGAUCCUGAAGACGAUAUUGACGUCCAGAUCCGUCACUUGAACCGUGAUGAAGCUGAUGGUAUCGAGAUUCGACGAUCCGGGAACCAAGAAGUCGAACCUGAAUCCAAGCCCUGGUACAUGUCCGAACAA